GUACGUCUUGUCCCAAGCGAAGCUACGGAAAAAUUUAGGAAGGAUAUUUAUUCAUUAUAAUCCUUCCCAUCCAUAAUACAAUUUCUCACAGGAUCUUCUAAAAAGGAAACAAUUAAAGUAUGUCAUCCGAAUCAUUAACCGAUGACGAGCACGCCGUGUCUGAAUUUUAUGAAAUCAGCGCGCCGCAACGGCCUGAUAGUGCUCCCAUUAGCGGUGAGUCACGUUUAUACUCAUUGCUUUCGGCUAUGGAGGCUAACAUGUCAGAAACGAAUAAAUAUCUGAAAGGUAUAUUUGACGAGCAUAAUGCCGCCAAAAAGCGACCACGUGCGUCUAUUGAAAACAAUGAAUUAUUGAUAAUAGACGAAGGCGAACAGCAUGAGCACUCGGCCCCAAAGAGGGCAAAAAUUGCCACAAAGUCUGGGCACAAUUCUGACGGCAAUGACCGCUCAUUUGACCAGCAAAGUCCUGAGUCUGAAAGUACUGAGGGAAACUCUGAGAUUGUGCAUGAAUCAGACGAUACUUUGAGUUUAUUCGGAGGACCAGAAAUUGAUUCAGAAAUUGAAAACGCGGUCGAUAACGAUGAUCUUCUUUCUGAAAUUGCUCAAACACUAUCUUCUAAGGAGCAAACCGGGCCCCCCAUUUCAGAAAAAUUUGCAAAAAUCAUAAACGCCAAGCUUAGCGAAGAUUUUGACGUUACCAAAUUAAAAGAAAUUCUUAAUAAGUACCCUCGGCCUAAAAAUUGCGAGCAAAUGUAUGUGCCGAGAAUAAAUCAAGAAAUAUGGCAAAAAAUGAAGCCAUUUACAAAAAAAGGGGAUAUCAAAAUGGCGAAUCUACAAGAUUCCACCAUCAAAGGUUUAUCAGGGCUUGCUUGUAGCAUUGACAACCUUUUACAAUGCAGGGAAAAUAAGACAAUUCCAAAUUAUAGAGCUCUUAUACCAACACUGCUUGAUGUAACUGCUUUAUUUGGCCUUGUAUGCAAAGAAUUUUCAUACAAGCGCAAAGAGGCAAUUCGGCCCAUACUUCAUCCUGAUUUUAAACCGCUCUGUGCAAGGACUCACAAAGUGGGCCCUCUUUUGUUUGGGGAAGACCUAGCAAAAUGUGCUCAUAAUAUUCGAAGCUCUAGUAAGACAGUAAUGAAUCUUAUACCCUGGCCAACAAACUAUUUUUACAAAACGGUUUUCAUCAACCCAAUCACAGGCACGCAAGCCUUUUUUAUACCAACAAGGGAGGGCACAGUUCCCUCCCAGAAAACCCCAAAACUUCCAGAACCGGAAAACAUUCACAAAGAACUAGAGUUAUUAAAAAAUCAGGUAACACAAUUUUCAGAAUUUGUUGAGCAUGUACUUAAACCUUAUUUGACCAGAAAAGUUAAUUCAUUUCAGGCUGGUCAAAUUAAACUAUGCCACAAUGAAUGGGCAAAGCUUACUACAGACCCCGAUAUUCUUGAGAUGGUUUCAGGGGCAAAAAUUUCUUUUAAAGGUCUUAAACCAGUUCAGCACCAGUCUCCUCCUAACUCUCUUCCUAAACAAGGAAAAAGCGAAAUCGAUGAAGCUAUUCAGGCAUUGAGAGAUAAAGGAGUAAUUAUUCCUAGUAAAUUUGAUUCUACUGAAUUUGUAUCACCUAUCUUUACCACUCCUAAAAAGGAUGGUGGCGUCCGCCUGAUUUUAAAUUUAAAGAAACUAAAUGAAUUGGUCGAGAACUUUCAUUUUAAGAUGGAAAAUAUCCACACUGUACUUAAACUUAUCACAAAAGAUUGCUGGAUGGCCUCUUUAGAUUUAAAAGAUGCCUACUAUAGCCAACCUGUCCAUCCAGAAUCUCAAAAGUUCUUAAAAUUCCUUUACAAAGGAAAAUUUUACCAAUAUACAGCAUUUCCUAAUGGCCUCUCCUCUUGCCCGAGGAAAUUUACUAAGCUACUUAAACCAGUUCUGGCCACAUUACGUGUAAAAGGUCACAUUGUCAUAUACAUCAAUGAUUUACUCCUGGUAGGCUGUUCCUAUGAAAAGUGCCUUGACACAAUUAUACAAACCUUAAUUUUAUUAGAGAAGCUUGGUUUUGUCAUUCACCCAUUGAAAUCUGCAUUUAUUCCAGUACAAGAAAUAACUUUUCUUGGUUUUUUAAUAAAUUCACGAACCAUGACAAUUCAACUUGCCAGUAGUAAAAAAGAAAAAUUGCUCUCCCUUAUUAAAGCAAUUCUAGCGCCCGCUAAAGUUCGGAUUAGAGAGGUGGCUCAGGUAAUUGGUCAUAUAGUAUCAAGCCUUCCAGCAGUGGAAUUUGGACCGCUUUACUAUCGAAAGCUUGAGAAAGAUAAAACUUUAGCAUUAUCACAAAACAAAGGCAAUUUUGAAUCGUUUAUGAUUAUUUCCGAUGAAUCCAAAGCAGAGUUGAAAUGGUGGCUAAAAAAUUUAAAGGACUCUUUUAAAUACAUUCUAUCUAUACCAGUUGACAUCGUCCUCUAUUCAGAUGCAUCUCUGACUGGUUGGGGCCGCCCUAGGAAAGAGUACACUGGAGGAAACUGGUGCAAACAUGAAACUGAAUAUCACAUCAAUAUUCUAGAAAUGAAAGCCGUACUAUUUGCGCUAAAAUCGUUUCUUUCUAAUCUAAAAAAUAAACAUGUUAAAAUGAUGGUAGACAAUAGUACUGCAGUGUUUGUCAUAAACAAUAUGGGCACUAGUCAUAGUGUCAUGUUAAAUACUACAGCAUUAGAAAUCUGGGAAUUUUGCAUAAUGCACAAGAUCAAAAUAUCUGCCGCACAUUUACCAGGGUCAAAAAAUGUAAUUGCGGAUAGAGUCAAGAAAAUUGUACCGUGA